CGCUAACGGCCGGCGGCCCCGCCCACCUCCGCCGCGCCGCUCCUCUCCCGUCCCCUCACCUCCCGCGCGGGGGGCUCCGGCUUCCCGCCACUGCCCGGCGGCGCUGAGAGGAAACUUUAAAAUGAAGGUUCAGAAGACAAGAUUCUGCUUGUUGCAGAAGUAAAAUCUUUAUAAAGAAGAUCUCAAAGUGCGGUGUAACCUCACUGUUGGUUAGUUUCUAGAACAAGCUGAAAUCUCUCCCUUUGGAAGAGUUGGUUGUGGGUGGGUGGCUUUUUUUAUUUGAUGUGAGUAAAACUAUGUAAGUGAAUCGCUUCCACUGGCCAAUGAAUUACUCAAUAUUUACACUUGUUUCUUUUAAAUUUACUGUUAAAACGAAAUACUACAAUUAAUUUAAGCGAAUUAAGGAAAAACACAAGUGUUAGCAAAGAUCAGGGAUUUAAUUGAUGUAAAAAUGUGUCCUGAUUUGAUGAAAAAAUUAUAUUAAGUUAUCCCUGAAUUAAAGAUUGAUUUUUAGUCUUUAAAUACUUAAUCCAGAAUAGAGUUCAGGUUUCUGGGUGAUCUGACACUUCCUUUUCCCUGUGCAGACUCUUUUUCUUAAAAUACUGAAUGUUCAUUUAAAAUGACCCCAAAAUUACAACUGGAAUAAUACCCCAGAUUUUUUCCAUGUAUUUGGAUCUUUUCUGUUUGCAAAAAAAAACAAAACCCUAAAACUUCAAUCAUGAGUUGUGGAAAUGAUUUUGUGGCAAUGCUUAAGAAAAUUGGAUAUCCAAAAGCUGAUGAGCUUAAAGGAGACGAUUUUGACUGGCUGGUUGAAUCUUCGGAAAACAGAUCAUUCCUGGAGUGGUUUUGUGGAAAUGUAAAUGAGCAGUAUGUGGUAUCUGAACAAGAACUGCAAGAUUUUGAGAAUCUUUGUGAGUCUGGUAAGCCCAUUUUGGAAGGAAAUGCACUGGAUGAAGUCCUUAAAACUCUGAGGCCUGUGGAUUCAAAGAGCAGUAGCCAAGAGGAGGAGGAACUGAAGGAAUUAGAGGAUGAGCUUCAAACUCUUCAGAAGUUAAAAGAACUUCAGAUUCAUCGGCAUAAUAAGCUUCAAAUGAUGGUUUCUACAAACAGCCACCUGUUACAGACGUUAAAAAGCAGAGAGAAUGAAGCCCAUAAAGAAUUGAAAGAAGGAUUGGAAGUGUUUACUGCAGCAACUAACGAACUUAACAAUGAACUGCUGUCUUUUACGGAUGCAGCUAAGAAAUGGGCCUCUUUCUUCACUGCUUCAGAUUCAGAACAAGGGUCAGAUCUACAGCCAGUGUUUUUUUCCCAACUUUCUUUGGACAAGUAUUUGGCUCAGGAAGAAGAAAGCUCUGCAGCCCUUAGCUCAUACAUAAAAAAAAAUUUUGAUCAAAGUGUGUCUAAAUGGGUUGAAAAUUCACAUGAAGGCAGCUUUCAGUUUGCAGAUACCAGCACACAAGACACUUGUGAUGAGACUACUGAAAUCUCUGAGGAGACUCGAGAAGUGGCCAGGCUCCAGACAGCGUAUAUUUGUGCUCAACAUCAGCUAAUUCAGAUGCAAGCUGAAGAGGAGAGCCUGAAUGCAGCUAUAAACUGUGCUGAGAGCAUGCUGCAGUCCUUAAACAACAAGGAUAUUGGGAAACAAGAAAACCUCAGUGCCAAAAUACCUAGUUUAAAUGAUGAAAUCUCAACAAUUAAAGAAGAUAUAACUCGGAUAAACAAUAAAGAGCUGAUGCCCCUUCUGAAGGAGAAGGCACUACUUCUGAGUGCGCCUGUGGAGAAAUGCUACUUGGAGCAUCAGAUUGCACAGCAGGAGUAUUGUGCUUCAAGACAAGAUGAAAUAUUCAGGCAUUUGAUAAGACAGAAAGCAUCAUUUGAACUUAUUCAGCUGGCCUGUGAAAUGGAGUUCAAGAAAAAUAAGGAGAUCUCCUGUCAACUCGAGAAGUUGGUAGAAUCUCUAAAACAGAGCAGUGAUGAGUUGCAACCAAGCCUACAGGAGAUAACUGAGCAAAUUAAACAUGCACAGCCAAGAAACACUAUUAGUUCAAAGGAUGGUUUCUCUUUCAGGCUAUACCAGCUUCUGGAAGGAGAAAAUAAAAACCAAGAAUUAUUUAAAACAUACAAAGGCCUGGAGCAGAUGGCUCGGAAGUUAAAGCAGGAUUGUGCUACAGCACAAGAUCAGCUAGCAGCAUCUUCUCAAGAAGAGUCUCUCCUUUUGUCCAAGCUAGAAAGUGAUGUAGAUACCCUUUAUGAAGCGCUGUAUCAUGGAGGAAAUCAAAUACAACUCAGUAGUCAGGAACUUGUUGAGCUAUUGCACCAGCUGGAAACCGAUUUACGUAAAUUAAAUGAACUCCUUGUCGAUCUGAUGGCUGACGUGAAGUCAAAGAGAAACUUUUUAGAGUCCAAUAAGCUCCAUCAAAUGGAAAGAAACUUGUAUGUGUAUUUUUAUAAAGACAAAGACCGCUUGAAAGAGAUGGUGGAGAAGCUGGAGCAGCAGGCUGAGGCGAAAGCUGGUGCUCUGGCAGAGGAGGAUUUCACCACCAGUGGAGUUCUUGAUUUUUAAACUUCACUGUAUUUUUAAGAAAGGAAAGCAUGUUCAUGUAAACUCUCUGCAAGCUUAUGGAAUGAUAACUGUUGGUUUAGCAAGGCUAACAUUUAUCUGUCACUGCGAUUUAUGUUUAACUGCCAGUUACCAGGUUUGGGUUGUAUGCUGCUUUAUGGCUUUUGGCAUCUGCCUGCCAAGUUCACAUCUCUAUUUUGUCACAGUUCUUUGAUAUGAAGUAAUACAUUGGUUAUUUGAAUGAAUUACAUUCAGGCUGCUCUUCCGCUAGCCUUUAUGUUGAUUUCCACUGCGCACAGGAUAGCACAAAAAGGAACAUUUUCUACACAUGGGAUAGGUUUUCUUGCGUGCUAAGAGUCUUUGAUGUGUGAUCUGACAAAUAAAUGUAGAGAAGACAUUCCAGAUUUUGGAACAUGAAUGUAAUGUGCUCAUUCUGAAGAGGAGAGUUCUCCUCUUCAGAUGUGCCAUGAUUGUUUCCUUUAUAGUUCUUCUAUGAAGAUUGGAUGUUGCUAGAAAUGUGUUGGAAUAUGUACCAGAAUGUUUCAAGUACCAUGACCAUCUACUUUAAGACCAUUCCAAUAUCUCUUAAUUUACCUUAUGGCCUAUCUUCUUCCUUGAAACCAGUCCAUAUUCAUCCUGGGCUCUUCAGAGAAAGAUAAUUUUAAAUUGACCUUCUGGACUCUGAGUUUGCUCUAUCUGUCAGGGCAGAGCAAGCCGUUCUGCCUCUCUCUCCCUUUCACAUGCUUACUGUAAAUUUGAGCUGGAUAGAUACAGCCAAUACUAAUGUUGCCUGAUGGAUCUUCCUCUUUGAAUCUGGAUACAAAUGUCUGUACUUGUAAGUAUUCAAAUUUACAGUCUGUCAAUGGCCUUGAGCUAAGAAAAAGAUUUCCAUGUAAGGAGAGGAAAUAUUGUUGCCUUGAUGAUUAAGCUUGACAUUUGUCUCAAGCACUGGAUUUAGUGGGAGAUGACCAGAGUAACAGGACUCAUUACUUACUUAUAUAGCAGUAAUUUACUUACAGCAGGUUUUGGCAGAGCAGUUGACUUUGCAGCUUGUAUCCUCUUAAGUAUUUCUAAAAUGUUGGAUAUUUAUUUUGUCUUUGUGGUAAGUUUUAUACAUUGUUCUGGUCUAACUGUAAAUAAAACAAGUCAUCAGUAUGGA